AUGCCAAUUAAAAGCAUAAUUGGUGUAAUAGAUGAUGAACAAAAUGUUCUAGAUGGCAGCACUAUGAAUACUUAUAAUAUAAAUUUAUAUUAUGUCCUGGGGAUAAUAGAUGCAUUAUUAUUCGUUUGGGCAUUAUUUCAAUUAAUUAGGAUACAUAUAUACUCUAGAAAUGGUGUUAAAAACCUAAAACCAAAAUUAAUAUUUCAUUUUAUUAUAGCUAUCACUAUGUUGGUAAGAAGUGGAUUCUUUUUUACAAGUCAAGCAUUAUGUAAUGAUUUUGAUAGUGUUUUAAUAUGGUAUGAAUUAUCAUCAGUAUUGUUAUUUGCAGGUUAUGGAUGUUUAUUAUUAUUUUGGAUGGAAUUAUAUAACAGAUUUUCAAAACCCUACACCACAUCAAAAGAUUUUUGGAUCACUUGGAGACCAAGAAUUAUAAUUUUUUGUACUAUUAUAAUUGUAUCAUUAGCGGCAUGGAUAAUAACUUUGGAAGUUUGGGGCACAAAUAAAUCUAGAAAACUUUUAAUGGACCAAAUUGUAGAGGGUGUAAUUAGUGGGUUGUUUUUAUUGGCAGGAUUUGGCUUUUUAAUCUAUGGUAUCUUACUAUUUGUUUCAUUUAAGAAAUUGGAUAGAUUAUCAACUGGUCCAACAGCAGGGGGACCCAUAGCAGCAUCAGCAUUGGUAGCACAUCAACAACGUACCUCAAUUAUGAAUCGUAGACGUUUGUUACAAUCCCCACCCGAAGCAAUACGUGCAGCAGUAGUUGGUAGUAUUUGUACCAUUUGUUUUUGUAUUAGAUCAGUUAUCACAUUGUACAGUAUUCGUGAAUCGAUCGAUAAUCCAAGUCAAUCAGGUACAACAUCUUUUAAUUUAGGUUGGGAAUUUGAAUUGGCCUACUUUUUCAUCACUGAAAUUUUACCAACUAUGCUCAUGAUGUUUAGAUUAAGAAAAAUGAAGAGAAAGAAGACAAUGUUUGUAAACGACAGUCAUCAAAAUAUCGGUAGCGGCAUCGGCGGCUCCAGUAUCAAUAAUUCGAGCGAUAUCAUAACUUACUCUCAAUACUCACCUUUAGCAUCCACCAAAGUUGUAAAAUCCUCUUCAAAUCCAAAUAUUCACUCACCUUUAAUAAUGAGACACAACUAUAACGAUUAUGACAGCUCUUCAGACGAUUCCGAUUAUGACGACGAUGAAUCCUCCUCUUCCUCAAAUCACAGCAACAACUAUAACCACAAUCCCCAUGGUGACAUAGAAUCAUCACAAAACUAUAUAUCUACCGCAAGUUAUAAAACAACCAUUUUACCCAACUAA